GGUUAUGGGGUUUAGAGAGAGUGAAGCAUCUUAAAUCCAAAGCUUGAAGAAGCAAACCAUAGCAGCAUUGACAUGAAAGGUCUUCCCAAAGUGCUGGUUCUGGGUCCUCCUCUUUGCUUCUCAUCACUUCAACCUCUCUACUCUCACAAAUUCCAUUUUCUCAAUUCUCACCUCUCAGAUCUCUCGCUUCAACAUUUCCUUCAACUCCACCACCCUCCCUCUAUUACCGCUAUUCUCUGCGACGCCGCCGGCUACUCCGUAACCGCUGAAGUCCUCCACCUCCUCCCAUCGCUCCGCCUCCUCGUCACCAUCAGCGCCGGAACAAAUCACAUCGACCUCCGUGAGUGUCGCCGCCGCGGAAUCCAGGUCGCCGGCGCCGGAGCUAUUUUCUCGGAGGAUGUGGCAGAUAUGGCCGUAGGUCUGCUCAUUGACGGAAUGAGGAAAAUCUCUGCGGCAGAUCGGUGGUUAAGGACGCAGAAUCACCACAAUGCGCCCUGGCAUUUAUUCCCAUUAGGGUCCAAGUUAUCAGGGAAGCAAGUUGGAAUUAUUGGAUUGGGAAGCAUUGGCAUGGAAGUGGCGAAAAGGCUCGAGUCUUUUGGUUGCAUAAUCUCAUACAACUCUAAGCAUAAAAAAACUACAGUGUCAUAUCCUUUCUGUUCCAGUGUUGUUGAGCUUGCAACUACUUGCGACGUUCUUGUGCUCUGUUGUGAGCUAAAUGAGCAAACCAAACACAUAAUUAACAGGGAAGUCAUUCUGGCGUUAGGAAAAGGAGGAUUUAUUGUGAAUAUUGGAAGAGGGGGUCUUAUUGAUGAAAAGGAAUUGGUAAAGUGUUUGAUGGAAGGUGAAAUUGGAGGUGCUGGUUUGGAUGUGUUUGAGAACGAGCCUCGUGUUCCCCAAGAGCUCUUUGAAAUGAAUAAUGUGGUUUUGUCUCCACAUGCUGCUGCUCUUACUGCGGAAUCAUUCAUGAAUAUGUGUGAACUUGCUGGAGGGAAUUUAGAAGCGUUUUUCUCAAAUAAGCCCCUAAUCACUCCAGUUAUGUUGCCUGAAUAACUUGUUCUUUUGACAGCAUAAUAUCGUGCUACAGAAUUUGAUUUCAUUCCUUCAAUGAUUCUUGAGUCGGAAAUGACAUAGUUCUAUUUCCAAAACCAUCCCAGGGAAGUGCCUUUCAAACUGUCUUAAAAGGAAGGAGAUGAACAAAACUCUAUUUGGGUAAGUUUUUGAAGUCCAUUUUUAUAGCACAGAGUACAUGCUUUUCUUAAUUUUUUUAGUAUUUUCUUUAGAUUCUUCUCCUACAUAUUUAGUAAAAGUAGGGUUCUUCAAGAUGCAUGAAAAAACUACUGUUCUAGCUUAUGUUGUUUCUCUCAAGAUCGUACACAGUGUUUCGUUUUAAUAUUGUACAUUUAUCUUGUAGAUUUCUUUGUUUUCAAAUAAGUAUAAUGUUUUGCAAAGAAGAAAUCUAUGCAGAUAUAUAAACUAGUCAAUCUUAAAGAUCCUGACCUUGUUGCUCCUAAACACAUGCGUAUGUUUGUGGUAGAAAAGAAAGUUAUUCUUAAGCUUC